AUGCCUGAAGAGUCACUACAGAGUUUCAGCAAAAAAGAAGUCAUUGAUCUGGCUCAACCUCAUUGUGAAGCAUCAUUCACGGUCCCCAGCGAAUCUGGGAAAUUCUAUACAGCAUGGAAUUCGAUGACUACGCUGGUCAACAAGGAUCUGGUCCAAGAGAAGGGUAGACCGCUCAGGAAAUAUGCUUUGACAGAAGACGGCUGGGAAGUGGCGAGGAGGAUGAGGGUUGUACAGGCAGGAGGAGUUCUGGAUGAGGCUACGGGUAAACGUAAUAGAGGCCUGGACAUGCCCGGUAGAUCUGAGAGCAUGAUCCAGGCUGGGGAAGAUGCUGAUCGCUUUCUCGAUCUCGAAGAGUGCUUUGAGGAGGAAGAGGAACCGCUGAGGUCGCUACCAACAUCUUCAACAUCCACAAAGAACGCCAAGCAGCUGGAACCGAUAUCAGGUCCUUCCGGUCAACGGUUAGGAGGAGCUCCAAUUGACAAGUACGGCACCUUCUCCAAAGCGAAAACUCAAGAACCGUCAGUCGCUCCAAAGAGGAACUUCGUUGAGCUGUUGUCCAGUCCAGAGCCGGAAACCGCUCCAGACAUGCCGUGGGCUUCAUCUAAUUUCGACCAAGACAGCAGAUCGUUGACAUCUAAGUUCGCCUCAAAACCUCUUCAGCAAACGUCGAAUCCGCCCUCGUCCACUCUGCUUCAAGCGAUGAACAGGACAUCCAUGCCACCAGCCCAGUCAUCGGAAAACCCUUCCGGCCUUCCCAUUUUUGACCCCAUACGCCUCGCUCCUGGAACCUUCACAGUCCACCUCGUACUCGACAAUCGCGAAGUCCGCACCAAAGACGACCGCGACUACAUCGCUGACGAGCUCGCAAAGAAAGGCACCAAACCCCUGGUCCGGCCACUAGAACUAGGCGAUUUCUUCUGGGUAGCCAAGUGCCACGAUCCCGACCUUCUCUCCCGUCACGGCGAAGAAGGCUCCGAAAUCUGUCUCGAUUGGAUUGUCGAGCGUAAGCGCCUUGAUGACCUUGUGGGCAGCAUUACAGAUGGCAGGUUCCAGGAACAAAAAUUUCGUCUACGCAAAUCCGGUGUGAGGAACGUGAUAUACCUCAUCGAAGAAUUCAGCCUGAGCACUGAGAAAAGUACGAAGUUUCAUGAGGCUAUCCAAUCGGCUAUUGCAAGUACACAGGUUGUCAAUGGCUACUUCGUGAAAAGAACUGUAAAGCUGGAUGAGACCAUCGGCUACCUAGCCCGCAUGACAAAGAUGCUCAAAUCGCUAUACGAGUCGAAGCCCUUACAUUUGAUACCGACGAACGCUUUAACACCGACAACAUACCUACCCCUUCUAACUCACCUCCGGACGCACCCCUUGCACCUCGAAAAGUCCUACCAUAUAACAUACCCCUCUUUUGCCUCCCUCUCCUCCAAAUCCGACACCCUCACGCUGCGAGAUGUCUUCCUGAAAAUGCUCAUGUGCACGAGAGGUAUCAGCGGCGACAAAGCGUUGGCUAUCCAGAAAUACUGGGGCACGCCGAGGGCGUUCAUCGAGGCGUUUGAAGGCUGUGGGAGUCGCAAAGAACGAGAGGCGAUGAUAGAAACGAGGCUGGGUGGGGUGGUAGGGAGGGCCAAGAUCAAAGGCGUUCUAGGCGCGAAAGUGGCAGGUGUCUGGGGUGAAGAAUAA